AUGUCAUCGGAGACUCAGCAGCACUCCCGGACUGGGGAAGAAGAAGCCAGCUGGGGAGGUGACUUUGAUCCAUUUUCUGAUCCGGAAGAGCGUAGAGUGCUCUUUGCAGCAUUUGAUUCGUUCAGACAAUAUCGGCGAAAUGCUCAUAUGAACACGACACAUCGGAGACGGCAAGCUUUCUAUGCUUUGCCAUCAGAACACUGGCAGUUGUUAUCAGAGCCCCCCUUCUCUAUCCUUGACAAUUUCAACAGGGUAGAUGACGCUAUCGAUGUCAAUGCUGAAAUCGCAGAUGCAAUUCUCGAAAUUGGAUUACAAUCAUUUGAUCUUCCUGCCGAUCCCGAUAAAAAUAACCCCAGAGAAAAUUGGCAUGACAUCGCCACUUCAUCAGACCUCAACAAGGCGCAUUCGACGAUCCGCCAGUUUUAUCGCGACUGGAGCCUGGAGGGGCGAGCAGAGCGUGAAGUGUGCUAUGACCCCGUCCUCCAGGAUCUUCACAAUGAAUUCCAGACAAGGCGCGAUAACGGAGAGGAAAUUCGCGUUCUGGUUCCCGGCGCCGGCCUGGGACGUUUAGUCUUUGAGGUAUGCAUGGCUGGCUAUGAUGCUGAAGGGAAUGAAAUCUCUUAUCAUCAGCUGCUGGCCAGCAACUGGGUUCUCAAUCACACCAAAGGGCCAGUAAAGCACGCGCUUCAUCCUUUUGCAUUGCAUUUCUCCAACCUACAAUCUCGAGUACAGCAGCUUAAGCAGAUCAUGAUACCCGACGUGCAUCCCGGCUUGGCUAUGCAGGAGAUGGCCAACUCAGACCGUCGUUUCGGAACAAUGUCCAUGUCUGCAGCCGAUUUUACCGUCUUAUAUACGCAGCCCAACAACGAAGAAGCAUUUGAUGCAGUCACCACAGUAUUCUUCAUUGACACAGCACCGAACCUGAUCCGGUACAUCGAGACGAUCCGACACUGCCUCAAGCCCAACGGGCUGUGGAUCAAUGUCGGCCCGCUAUUGUGGCAUUUCGAGAACGGUCAUUCCCGCAAUGACACCGAUGCCGGAAACGAGGGAGCUGGAAUUGGGGAGCCUGGCAACGUAGAGUUGUCCGAGGACGAAGUGCUAAGUCUCGUGGAGCGCAUGGGCUUCCGCCUUGAGAGGCGGCCUGGGGAUCGGCGAGCUUGCGGCUACAUCCAAGACCCAGCGAGUAUGCUCCAGAAUCUUUACCAGCCAUCUCGCUGGGUGGCCCGCAAAGCCCCUGUCUAG